AUGGUUUCAUUAGUCGAUGCAACUAAAGAUAAAUAUGCAACAGCUAUUUUAAAUCGAGAAUUACAGCCUAUUCAAUUAAUUAUCGAUGAUGCUGAUGGUGUUGUUAAAGAUAAUAAUAUUGCCGUUGCAUUAUCAUUGUUCGCAAGGGAUAAAUUAGGAUUAUCUUUAGGUGAUACGGUCAUGCUUAAAGGUGAAAAACGUCGAGAAACAGUUUGCAUCGUUAAAUUUGAUAUUUGUCCAACUAAUCAUAUUCAAAUGAAUCGUGUUGUACGAAAUAAUUUACGUGUACGUUUAGGUGAUAUUGUUUCAAUUCAAGGUUGUCGAGAUGUUGAACAUGGUAAAUAUAUACAUGUUUCACCUGUUGAUGAUACUGUACAAGGAAUAACAGGCAAUCUAUUGGAAGUUUAUUUAAAACCAUAUUUUGGUAAAUUUCAUCGACCAGUACAUAAAGGUGAUGUUGUUAUUGUACAUGCAGCUAUGCAUGCUGUAGAAUUUAAAGUCAUUGAAACUGAACCAAGUCCUUACUGUAUUGUUACAUUAGAUACAGUUAUACAUUGUUAUCCAAUUAAACAUGAAGAAGAAGAAAUAUCUUUAAAUGAAAUUGGUUAUGAUGAUAUUGGUGGUGUUAGGAAACAAUUAGCACAAAUUAAGAAAAUCGUUGAAUUAUCACUAAAACAUCCGCAACUAUUAAAAACAAUUGAGGUUAAACCCAUUGACUUACCAGAUUUGUGA